AUGUGUAACACUGCAACAAAAAUUGCUCUCAAACAGUUUGAAAAUAUUGUUGGCAUUACAUAUGCCAAAGCUGAGACAAUUACUUGGUGUUUUUGUUCUCAGGUGAUCACUGGCGGUCAUUAUGAUGUUGACUGUCGGUUGGAAGAUCCCGAUGGCAUUGUGUUGUACAAAGAGAUGAAGAAACAGUAUGACAGCUUCACGUUUACUGCCUCCAGGAAUGGAACAUACAAAUUCUGCUUCAGCAAUGAAUUCUCUACUUUCACACACAAAACUGUGUACUUUGAUUUCCAAGUCGGAGAGGAUCCGCCGCUGUUUCCUAGUGAGAACAGAGUAACUGCACUUACCCAGAUGGAGUCUGCCUGCGUUUCAAUCCACGAAGCUUUGAAGUCCGUCAUCGAUUAUCAGACUCACUUCCGCUUGAGGGAAGCUCAGGGCCGCAGCAGAGCAGAGGAUUUAAACACGAGGGUGGCCUACUGGUCCAUAGGGGAAGCAAUCAUUCUUCUGGUUGUUAGUAUCGGGCAGGUUUUUCUCCUCAAAAGCUUCUUCUCGGAUAAAAGAACCACAACAACCCGUGUUGGAUCGUAACUGGUAGUGGUAAUGCUUCAGGUCAUUGUGUGCUACUCAUUGGUAAAAAUUAACUGUUCUCCAAUUAAUGGUAGGUACAAACGAUCUGAAUAUACACAGCAUUCAAAUGUGUCUACUCGUCAUCCCUUAAAAAUCACAAAACAGAUCAAAAAAAGUUACGAAAGGGACGCCUG